CAGGUUGAGACGUCUGUCUGUCCGUCAAUAUGAGUCCUAAACACGUCGUCUUUAAGAAAGUGUCUCGGGACAAGUCGGUGUCCGUCUACAUGGGCAAGAGAGACUUUGUGGAUCACUGUGAUUUUGUGGAUCCAGUCGAUGGAGUUAUUGUGAUCGACCCAGUGCAGCUCAAAGGAAAGAAAGUGUUCGUGAUGCUGUCCUGUACGUUUCGUUACGGCCGUCAGGACAUGGAUGUGAUGGGCGUGGCCUUCAGGAGGGACCUGUUCGUGGUAACACGGCAGGUUUACCCCGAGCUGCAGGACAAAGACAAGCUGACUCACACCAAGAUCCAGCAGAAGCUGCUGCAAAAGCUGGGGGACAACGCCUUCCCCUUCUUCUUCGAGUUUCCAGACAACUUGCCGUGUUCCGUUGCUCUGCAGCCCGGACCAUCUGACGUGGGAAAGAAAUGUGCAGUGGAGUUUGAGGUGAAAGCUUUCUGUGGUGAGACCCAGGACGAGAAGAUCGACAAACAGAGUUCAGUUCGUCUCACCAUCCGUAAGAUCCAGUACAGUCCAGAGGACAGUAAAGUCAUCCCCACAGCAGAGACAACCUUCGAGUUCCUGAUGUCUGAGAAACCGCUGCAUGUCAAACUGAGCAUGCCCAAAGAGACAUUCUACCAUGGUGAACCCGUCAGAGUCAAUGCAGAAAUCAACAACUCGUCCAGCAGGAACAUCAAAGACAUCAGCGUGUCAGUCGAACAGGUGACGAACGUUGUUCUUUACUCCAACGACAAGUACGUCAAAUCAGUGGCCAAAGAAGAGACCAGUGACUCCGCCCCCUCAGGUACCACCCUGAAGAAGGAGUACACUCUGUAUCCUCUGCUGGCUCACAACAAAGAUCGCAGAGGACUCGCUUUGGACGGACGCCUCAAACAUGAGGACACCAACCUGGCUUCUUCCAGCAUGGUGAAGCAGGAGGUGUUGAAGGAGGUCCAGGGAAUGUUGGUGUCCUAUAAGGUGGUGCUGAGGAUGAUCGCCUCAGGGACGGUGGGAUCCAGUGAAGUGUCUCUGGAGCUGCCAUUUAAACUGAUGAACCCCAAACCUGAACCAGCCAAAGAGAGCGAACCAGACGACAUGGUGUUUGAGGAGUUUAAACGAGCCUACCUGAAGGGCGUCGUUUACGGAGACGACGACGAGUCUCCCACUGAGGCGUGACCUACAAAGAUGGCUGUCACAGACUGGACUGAGGACAAAAUAAUUCAAUGUGUCCAUGAUGUCUCCUGUAGCGUCCCCCUGUAGGACAAACUGUGUAACUGUUCAGACUGGACACAGAUAAAUGAUGAAUGUAGAUUUGUUAUAAACAUGAUUGUUAAUCUCAUUUAUUGAUCAUAACAAUAAUAUUGAUGAUAGUAAUAAUAAUAAUGUGUGUAGAGUCUUUAAAUCUAAAACAUGUUUACUGAUAUGAGAUGAUGAUGUUUAUCAGUUUGUGUUUAUUAGUUGUGUUGAAGCUACUGUAGUGACACCUGUGUGUGAAGGUAAUAAGAAGCGUGUAGCUGUCCUGUUAAAUGUCCUGCGUCAGUGUAGUACUAAGUGUGAUCAGUCUGCUUCCUGUCAGAGAAAUAUAGUUUCUGUUUUUGAGUUUUACAUUUCUUUAUUUGAUGUUAGUGAACACAUGAAUUUAUGUCUUUAUGAUGA